UAGACGUCACGUUAGUGAACUAUUUUCAACCAUCAUCCUGCGAAAGCCUUCAAGCUACAAUGACAAGCGGAUUUGGUGUUAAUCCCUCUCUCCUCCACCUGGUCUGGACCACCCACAUCCUGAGUGGUGAGCUGCAGCGGCCCACCAGCAGAGAACACGUCUGAGGCUUUGUCGCUGGGUUUUGGAGGUGGGCUGAAGCUGCUUCUUGGAGGAUGGGGGUAGGCCACCUGAUCAGGACCCCGACAAAGAUGCAAUAUCGUGGCGGAAAUUGAGCGACAGCCGCGCUGAUGUCCAGAAGCUGCAUCUGCAGAACCACUGGUGCUCAACUGGAACCACAGCUGCUGAAUGCAAAAGAGAGAAAAGAAAGUCUACAGUAUAGUGGCGAUGCUGAUGUGGUUACCACGGUAAUAACAACAAUAAUAAGCAGACCGCUGAGAAGAAAACAAUGAAGAUGACGGCGAUGACACAUUUGUUGCUCAGCAAACUGCCGUCGUUCCCAGGACCUCAGAGGUCAGGUGACUGUAAAGCUCUUAUACAGUGUUUUAGACUGUCUGAAACGGAUAUGGGACUGAAAAAAAAACGGACCCGGAGGCCGCUCGAGAGCGACGACAAGAGUUCGGGAUGAAUUGUGCGAGUACAAAGAGCAGCAUAUAGCUAAGAGAGGGACAUUCAGGAAGGAAGCGAGGGAAAAGUUUGAGAGGAAAGUUACCAUAAUGAUGGUGGUCGUCGGCCGCACAGGUGUGGGAGAAAUGCCAUGAGAAAAAAUCUGAAGGGUGACUGUAUUGCUUGUUUUUGGAAGGAUGUUUCAAGGGAAGUAACCAGAAGCUCGCUCUAUGAUCAAGAAUCUCACAAGAAUUUCUUCCCUAGUAUUCAUUUAAAAAGUUAAUAACAACAAUAAUAACUAGAGAGGAAAAUAAUGUUCAUUUGGAUGGAACCCUCUAUGUAUUAGAUGUAUUUUUAUAGUUAUUACAUUAAUGUAUCAGGUGCGUUCUGAACAGCCAAGGGGAUUGAGACAAGUGAGAUGUAGUUAACAAUUUAUCACCACACAUUAUCUUCAAAUGCAAAGUGAUUCACAGACAAGGAGAGAAUAACAACAACAAUAAUCGCAUUUGUGUCUGACAAGUAACAUUUUACUACAGAACUAUACUUCAUUGUUACUAAAGAGGUCAUGUAUAAAAAGCUUAUUCAUAAUUUGCUUUCCAGAACACCUAUUGUUUUUCAGGUCAUGACACAUUCAGUGGGGAGACGUGGUGGACAAAGAGUGUUGGAGGAGGCAGACUCACUUGAUGGGAAAGGAGGAAGAUGGAGGGUGAUGACUGUGUCUGAAGGUUGGCGGUUUACCUCCUCUAAAAGACAAUCCUGAACCACGUGCAGCCUUAGACUACAGUAUGUUGAUGCGCCUCUAAGGUGUGUUUCGAGGUCACACUAUGAAGCUGACUAUGAAGCUCAUAAAUAUAUAUAUAUAUAUAUAUAUAUAUAUAUAUGGGACACGUUAUUUUGAUGUAAUAUUACCUCAUGGAAUUCUGUUGAGCAGUGAUUCUUGGUAAAUCACUUGGUAAAUCCCCAAAUGCUUCUACUGCAACAUUGUCUUUGUGUGGACGUGCAUCACAGUGGUGUGUGUUUGUCGCACAACAUUGUCUCUUCAUUUACUCACCGAUAUCUAUAAUUGUCUUCUCUAAUUCAGGGACUCCAGUUUGUUCAAACGUGUUAUGAAAUGUGUAUUGGUAUUGGUAGAGGGGGAGGCGGGGUGUGGUGGAGGUUCCUUAUCUGCAGGCCACAGGCAGCUUUUGAGUCUCUUAUCAGCCGCCACCAUAUUGUACGAGCACAUCCUCUUGUCCAGCAGGGAGCGGAAAACUCUCCUUGCAACAUGGCUCCCUCUCCCUCGCUCUCUCCCAGCUCACCAGCCAGUACCAGAGCUUCACCGCUGGACUCCAACAUGAGGCUUGAGUCUCUCUGGCCAUGAGAGAGAGAGGAGACGGCGACACAGAGCGAUGACUGAUGGACAGACUCAUCUUCUGUCUCAUUGCCUUCAUCAACUUCGCAGCCAAAGAAAACACAAUUUUAUGUUUGAGCCCCUGAGUCUGGCGCCGUUAUCAGAUAUGUACCACUUGAAUGCUGGAGGGGAGUACCUGGAGGGUAAGAGGCGACCGUGAGAGUGGGACUCCACCGACAACAUCUGAAGAAACGUGGACUUCAAGCAAGGGGAACAGUGAGACGCAACAAUGUAGGACACAUCUUUCUGCUCCUGGAAUACCUCACCACCUGGAUGAACUGAUGAGUAAAUGAUGGUGACUGGGGAGAGAAUGUGAUAGCAGUGACACGUCGAGACAAAACUGAGAGGAAAAUAACUGGAAUUGAACGCCUUGAGAAGACUCCGCCAUAAUGAUGGAGAAGAGUCGGCCCUCCGACCCACCUCCUUCCCCGUCUUCCUUCUCCUCUUCACCCCCGUCGUGCGCCGCCCUGGAGAAGCUCAGCCCAGCUGUGAGCCCACCGGUGGACCCCGUCAAGCCCUCACGUCUCUCUGCCAAACGCGCCAAAAAGAGACACCGGCAGUUUCCUUGUGCCAAGUCGAAGCAGACUGACCAUGAAGCAGACCAGGGAUCUGCUCUGGAGCCUUUCACUCAGGCGGAGCAGGAGUCCAAACAGGUCUCGGUCUGCACCCCACCGCCGCUUCUCCCAGCCCCAGCCAAGUCCUCCCCAAGCCCGCUCCAGCCUUCCCCAGUUCCCAUCUCUUCCCCAUCCUCUUCCUCUUCUCUCCCCCCUCACAUCCCGGUCAUCAGCCUGGCACACAGUAAACCGCCCCUUCCUCUCAACACUCACUUGACCACUCUGCACCCCAUCCCCAUGAUCCACAGCCCUCAUGUGGACCUCUACCGCAGUGGGCUCACCCUCUUGCCGGUAGGCAGCUCUACCGGUUCUCGAGGAAGCCAACCUUCAACCUCCAGUGGACCAAUGUUGCCUCAGCAGUACCUGCCAGGACACACCUUCUUCACCAGCUCCUUCUUGGGCCCCUCAGAGGGAAACUAUCGGGUCGUUGCAAACAGUCGACUCAAGAGAAGACCCUCGUCCCACUUUGAGAUGGAGAUCAACGACUGUCCUCCUCAAAAACUUGCCCGGCGAGUCUUCACUAACAGCCGGGAACGCUGGCGACAGCAGAACGUGAACGGAGCCUUCUCCGAGCUGAGGAAGCUCAUCCCGACUCAUCCUCCCGACAAGAAGCUCAGCAAGAACGAAAUCCUCAGGCUGGCCGUGAAAUACAUCAACUUCCUGGUCAACCUGCUCAACGACCAGGACAAGGGCGGCGACUCGGCCGGCGAGGAAGCUGAGAGCAACGCGUCCGACAAAGUUUUCGAGAGUGAGUCUCCUCCUCAGCCUGACACCCCUCGCACGGUACGAGCCGGUCUGACCACAGGCCGCCGAGGACGAGACUCCAGCGACUCUGCCAUCACACUGGUCACCUCUCCCGCAACGUCCAGUUGCUAUGGCGACACGGACAGCGAGGAGAGCUUCGGGGGGAAGACGUCAGUGGUGACCAGGGGAAUUCUAGGGAAGGUGAAGGUCAGAUAAGGACGUGAAGCUAUGCCACACUGACAGCCGAGCGGUGUGGUAGGAGACGCUUUGCUUUUGGACAAACUAAGUCUUAUUGAGCUUUUUUCAUUGUUUUCUUUCUUACAUCAAAGUUGCUUUUCUAAUGUUUAUUUAUUUAUUCUGAGUUGUUUUUCUGUCAUCCAGAGCGUUUUUGUUUUGCAACUCUGUUUUGAUUCUGUCGAGUGUGUUUUACGAGUGAAACUUUAAACCUGCACCUACAGUUCUCACCAUCAUCCUUAUCUUAACAUCACUGCUCUCUCUCAUCGUACACAGCAUCUAUUGCUGAUCCCAUGAUGAGCAAGUUGGGAAUUAACUGGUGCCAUUUGCCUCUACAGUUUUCUCCAAAUGAUUUAGCUGACAGAGACAGCAGCCGUUUCAAAUAUGAGCUGGACGUGGGAAACGCUUCCUGAUCUAAAUCGUAACAAGACAAAGUGGCUUGGAAUCAGAAGUGUGCAGUUGACAGUGUGGGAGACCAACCCAGUUGUUGUGACACCCUCGUACUGGACUGAAAAUAAAG